AUGUCGUCGUCGUCGUCGUCCCAAACCCUAGGCGGGGCAUCCCGCUGCGGCUGGGUGCUCGGCCCAUCACUCGACAAGAUCAUCAAGAACGCCGCCUGGCGGAAGCACUCCGGACUCGUGUCCGCCUGCAAAUCAGUGCUCGACAAGCUCGACUCCCUCGCCGAUGACUCCUCCGAUCCCUCAUCCUGCGCUCCGCUCUACGGCCUCACCCCCUCCGACGCCGAGUUCCUGCUCCAGCCCCUCGUCAUGGCCCUCGACUCCGGCUCCGUUAAGGUCAUCGAGCCCGCGCUUGACUGCGCCUUCCGGCUUUUCUCAUUCGGCCUCGUCCGCGGCUGCGAGAUCAAGGACAGCGCUUCCUCCGUCAUCUUCCGCCUCAUUGACUCAGUCUGCAAGUGCGCGGCCGUCGGGGACGAGGCGGUGGAACUGGCCGUUCUCAAGGUCCUUCUGUCCGCCGUCCGGUCACCCUGCAUCUACAUACGCGGAGACUGCCUCGUCUAUGUGGUGAGGUCCUGUUACAAUAUCUACCUGGGCGGGCGAAGUGGGACCAAUCAGAUCUGUGCCAAGUCAGUUCUUGCGCAGAUGAUGAUUAUUAUUUUCACCAGGGUCGAGGAGAAUUCCAUGCUUGUGGACUUUAAGAAUGUUUCUGUGUUCGAAUUGAUGGAGUUUGCCGAUAGGAAUCUCAACGAAGGAAGCUCCAUACAGUUUGCUCAGAAUUUCGUCAGUGAGAUUGUGGAGGCUAAGGAUAGCCUUCCGUAUGUGAAGUUGCCCUUGCAUCUGCAGAAUGGUUCUGAUUCGAGCCCUAAAGCCAAAAAAACUGACGAAGAGAAUGGGAAGCCUGUGGAUGAAGGUGCUGAUUUGAGUGAAUACAGUAAGAUCAGGGAGGAUGGGUUUAUGCUCUUCAAGAAUUUAUGUAAGUUGUCCAUGAAGUUUUCCUCUCAGGAGAAUCCCGACGAUCAGAUUCUGUUGAGAGGGAAAACUCUGUCCUUGGAGCUUUUGAAUGUCAUUAUGGGCAAUGCAGGUCCGAUCUGGCGCUCUAACGAGAGGUUUCUAAAUGCGGUCAAGCAAUAUCUAUGCCUGUCGCUGUUGAAGAACAGUGCUCUAUCUGUUAUGACUGUUUUUCAGCUUCUUUGUUCAAUAUUUUGGCACUUGCUAUCGAAGUUUAGGUCCGGGUUGAAAUCAGAGAUUGGGAUUUUUUUUCCAAUGCUGAUUCUUCGUGUACUGGAGAAUGUUCUUCAACCAAGUUUCUUACAGAAGAUGACUGUAUUGAAUUUACUGGAGAAGGUUGCUCAGGACUCACAGAUUACUAUUGAUACUUUUGUCAACUAUGACUGUGAUGUGGAGGCUCCAAACAUAUUUGAAAGGACUGUGAAUGGCCUUCUGAAAACUGCUUUAGGUCCACCACCUGGUUCUGUGACCUCAUUGUCUCCUGCCCAAGAUACGACAUUUCGUCAUGAAUCUGUAAAAUGUCUGGUUAGAAUUAUCAAGUCAAUGGGUUCAUGGAUGGACCAGCAGUUCAAAGUUGCAGAACCUAAUCCUCCAAAAGUUUCUGAGAGUGAAAACUUGACCGAGAAUCACACUUACCUUGUUGAUGAUGCAAAUAGUUCUGAUCAUGAACUGAACCCAGAAGCAAAUUCUGAACAUUCUGAUUCUCCAACCUUGGAACAGCGUAGAGCUUAUAAAUUAGAAAUUCAGAAAGGUGUUGCACUGUUCAAUAGGAAACCGUCCAAGGGAAUUGAGUUCUUAAUAAGUGCCAAAAAAGUGGGCAGUUCCCCAGAAGAAGUAGCUUCUUUUCUCAAAAGUGCUUCGGGGCUGAAUGAAAGUAUGAUUGGCGAUUAUUUCGGUGAAAGAGAGGAAUUUCCUAUGAAAGUCAUGCAUGCAUAUGUAGAUUCCUUCAACUUUGAGAGUAUGGGCUUUGCUGAGGCAAUUAGAUUCUUUCUGAGAGGUUUCAGGUUACCAGGAGAAGCGCAAAAGAUUGACCGCAUCAUGGAAAAAUUUGCUGAACGCUAUUGUAAAUGCAAUCCGAGUGCAUUCACCAGUGCCGACACGGCUUAUGUUCUUGCUUACUCAGUCAUAAUGCUCAACACUGAUGCCCAUAAUAGUAUGGUGAAGGAUAAGAUGACGAAGGCUGAUUUCAUCCGGAAUAACCGUGGGAUUGAUGAUGGCAAGGAUCUACCUGAAGAUUAUUUGGGCGCACUGUAUGAUCAAGUUGUAAAAAAUGAGAUUAAAAUGAAUGCUGAGCCUCUUACUCCCCAAAGCAAACAUGGAAAUAGCUUGAAUAAGCUGCUGGGCUUGGAUGGCAUACUCAACCUGGUCUGGAAGCCUGCAGAAGAAAAACCUUUGGGUGCAAAUGGAUAUCUGUUAAGGCAUAUCCAAGAGCAGUUUAAGGCAAAAUCUGCAAAAUCAGAGGUUUUCUACUAUGCUGUGGCAGAUCCUUCAAUACUGAGGUUCAUGGUUGAAGUCUGCUGGGGCCCCAUGCUUGCUGCCUUUAGUGUAACUCUGGACCAAAGUGAUGACAAGGAAGCUACUUCUCAAUGUUUGCAGGGAUUUCGGCAUGCUGUGCAUGUUACUGCCAUGAUGGGUAUGCAGACUCAGAGAGAUGCCUUUGUUACCACUGUGGCUAAGUUUACUAACCUCCACUGUGCAGCUGAUAUGAAGCAAAAAAAUGUAGAUGCUGUCAAGGCUAUGAUAUCAAUCGCAAUUGAAGAUGGUAAUUACCUUCAAGAAGCAUGGGAACACAUUUUGACAUGCUUAUCCCGAUUCGAGCAUCUGCAGCUCUUGGGGGAGGGAGCACCUUCUGAUGCGUCGUUUCUUAAUACUUCUAAUUCUGAAUCCGACGAGAAGACAUUAAAGCUCGAGAGUUACCCGUCUCUGAAGAAAAAAGGAACACUUCAAAAUCCAGCUGUUAUGGCAGUUGUUCGAGGGGGCUCGUAUGAUAGCACCUCUGUUGGAGUCAACUCUCCUGGUCUUGUUACUCCGGAGCAGAUCAAUAAUUUCAUUUCGAAUUUGUAUUUGCUCGAUCAAAUCGGGAACUUUGAAUUAAACCACAUUUUUGCCCAUAGCCAGCGGUUGAACAGUGAGGCAAUAGUGGCUUUUGUAAAAUCACUCUGCAAAGUUUCCAUGGCAGAACUGCAGUCCCCGACUGAUCCACGAGUGUUUAGCCUGACAAAAAUCGUGGAAGUUGCGCACUAUAACAUGAAUCGCAUAAGAUUAGUGUGGUCUCGUAUAUGGAAUGUUCUUUCUGAAUUCUUUGUGUCAGUUGGUUUGUCGGAGAAUCUUUCGGUUGCAAUCUUUGUUAUGGAUUCAUUGCGGCAGCUUGCUAUGAAAUUCCUCGAGCGAGAAGAACUGGUUAACUAUAAUUUCCAGAAUGAAUUUUUGAGGCCUUUCACCAUUGUGAUGCAGAAAAGCAAUUCUGCAGAGAUCAGAGAGUUAAUAGUUCGAUGUAUCUCACAAAUGGUCCUCAGCAGGGUCAAUAACAUAAAAUCUGGAUGGAAAAGUGUCUUCAUGGUUUUCACUGCAGCUGCGGCUGACGAACGGAAGAGCAUAGUUUUGUUGGCUUUUGAAACAAUCGAAAAGAUAGUGCGCGAAUAUUUUCCCUACAUAACUGAGACAGAGGCAUUGACUUUCACAGACUGUGUUAAGUGCCUCAUUACCUUCACAAAUAGUAGAUUUAAUAGUGAUGUUAGCCUCAAUGCUAUUGCUUUUCUGCGUUAUUGUGCCGUCAAACUAGCAGAUGGUGGACUUUCUUGCAACGAGAAAAGCGAGGGAAAUGAUUCGAGCUCUCCAUUACCCAAUAACAAUGCUUUGGAUGACGAAACAGGCAUUGAUAGGGAUGGGCAUAUGCAUUUUUGGAUUCCUUUGCUUACAGGGUUAUCAAAAUUAACUUCAGAUCCUCGAGCAGCCAUCAGAAAGAGUUCCCUUGAAGUCCUCUUCAAUAUCUUGAAGGACCACGGUCACCUUUUCUCUCAGCCAUUCUGGGCCACUGUAUUCAAAACUUCCAUCUUUCCUAUAUUUACCUUCAUCUUUGACGGUAAAGAGAUAGAUACAGGCAAUAGUAGCAUUUGGGACUCUGAAACUUGUGUAGUGGCAGUAGAAUGCUUAACAGAUCUAUUUGUCCAUCUUUUUGAUUUGGUGAGGCCCCAAUUUCAUGAAGCAAUAUCUAUAAUAAUAAGAUAUAUACGAAGCAGUAAUCAAAGUUCAUCAACUGCUGGUGUGUCUGCUUUGAUGCAUUUGAGUGGUGAGUUGAGAGGCAAACUUUCGGAAGAGGAAUGGCGAGAUAUAUUUCUUUCUUUGGAAGAGACUGCUGGGCCGAAUUUGUCUGCUUUUAUGAAGCUUUUGAGAACCUUGGACAACAUUGAGGUGCCCGAUGAUGAUGAUAACCCACUCAAUUAUGAAACCGAAUCUUCUUAUGACCAUGGGAGUGCAAUUGGUGAUGGUUUGGAGGAUGAGAAGCUGCAGAGUGUGGCGUUCAUUGUCUCGAGGAUGAAAACUCAUAUAGCACUACAGCUGCUCGUAAUACAGGUAGUAACCGAUCUUUACAAGAGCCACUGGCAAUACUUUUCCUCGAGCAUUAUCUCUAUCCUUCUCGAGAUUUAUUCAUCCAUUUCUUCUCAUGCCCACGAAUUGAACUCCCAAACGAUAUCAAUUCUCAAGCUAGAAAAAGCAUGUGCUAUUUUAGAAAUCUCGGAUCCACCAAUCGUUCACUUUGAAAACGAGUCCUACACGAACUACUUAAAUUUCUUAUACGAUUUACUCACAAACAGUCCAUCUCUAUCCGAGGAAAAAAACAUUGAAGUACAACUUAUCUCUAUAUGCAAGCAAGUCCUCGAGAGAUACCUUGAAUGCAGUGGAUUUGGACAAGCCUCACAGAAAAAAGCUAUGAAUAAGCCGUUAGUUCACUUUCUUCUUCCUUUAGGUUCAGCUAAGAAAGAGGAGCUUUCGGCCCGUACGCCUUUAGUUCUAUCAGUCAUGAGAAUUUUGGGCAGUUUAGAAAGUGAUGCUUUCGGUAAGUACAUUUCGCAGUUAUUUCCUUUGUUAACGGAUCUUGUUCGAAGCGAACAUAGUUCGAUGGAAGUUCAACGGGUUCUUAGCGGCAUAUUUCGUUCGUGUAUAGGUCCUAUAGUAAUGAAGUGA